AUGAAGGGUCUUGCGUACUUCGCAGUGAUUUCCUGUGUGGAGGCUUCACACUUUGCACACCAAUCUCUCCACCAUCGAGCCACCGGUAGACCCAACUGCAAGACAUACACUGUGCAGGACGGGGAUACUUGUGCCAGUAUUGGUAAGGAAAAUGGUGUCACAUGGGCACAACUGCUCUCAUGGAACUCCGACAUCAAUAGCCAGUGCUCGAACCUCGGUGAUCUCACCGGGAAUCAAAUCUGCGUCAGCAAUCCCUCGGGAAACUAUGUCAUUCCCGCAUCCAUUUCUUCGGCGUCCAGCAGUGCAACCGGCUCACAGAGUAUUGUCACCACCACGGCCCCUGUUCCUUCGCCAACUGUUUCCGGUACGAAUACCAAGUGCGCCAAAUACUAUCAGAUUGGAAAGGACGAGACAUGCAACACUGUGGUAGAGAAGACCGGUAUUUCCAGAUCUGACUUCCUGUUUCUGAACCCCGAACUCAACACACAGUGUACAAACCUCCAAAAGAAGGUCUACUAUUGUGUGCAGGCGGUUGGAGACAUCUCAACGUACUCCGGUCAUCCAGGAAGCACAUCAGAUAACUUCAGCAAAGUAUCCAUGACCUCCGUUCCUUCAUCCGUUCCCAGACCGGACUACUCCGGUGCUUUGAAGAACAACUCGCACCCCGUUGUUCAGCUUGCCACUGAUACGAGAAAGGACUGUUAUGACUAUAUGUGGCUGGACAACACCACAGAUAACGCGCUCGCAGAUUGUUGGACAAUGGCCAUGACAAAUGAAAUUUCCGCGGAGGACUUUAUUUUAUGGAACCCUUCGCUCGAAAAGAAGUCAUCGCAUAGCAGUUCGUUAAUCCCGCUGGCAGCCUCAACUGGCAGCACCGGCUCGAGCUCGAGCAUUGCUUCAAACCCAUACAACUACCCUUGUACACUUCGAGCCAGCUCGUCCUACUGCGUGCAGCUCUCCAAUCCUUCCAGUACCGCGACAAGCGGGUCGCCAACCCCUUCGUCAGUUGCUGCAUCGGCCACUCAGACUCCUUCGAAGUCUACGAGGAGUGCUUAA